AUGCUUUGGGAAGUGGACCAAGCCGUUGUUGUUGUUGGUGAUGAGAAGAAGAGAAGCACGACUAUGGAUGCAGCCUUGGCCACGGCCAUUCAAGAUGAUCACCUGCGAGCGCGACAGGUCCUCCUCCCAAGUACAUCGUCACCUAGACUUGACAAUAACAGUCUACCCGUGGUCAGCUUUGACGAUGGUGACUUCGUCAAGUCAAUUGUUGAUCCCCGCCGAGAACGUCGCCCACUGAAGAAGUAUGACGCUACCAACAAAGCUGCCUCCAAUAUUCUCAUGUCACCCAUGCGCAGCGCUGCAGUAUCUGGCCCCAUGUUACGAGAAGCACAUGCCAAUGUCGGCCGUUACCUAGCCACUGAGUACGUAUUCAAACUCAUUGGUCUUGAGGGGUUCACCAUCUCGCACGUGCAGGGCCAUCAGACAACCGGUCAUCGUCUGCGCAACGAAGCUGAGACUUCAAUCAUCGCUUUGAUGCGUGGCGGCGAACCCGUGGCAUUCGGCAUCAGCGAUGUGUUCCCACAAGCCAUGUUCGUUCACGCUUCUAGUGCAGACGAUGUCAAGAAACAUCACGUUCAGGGACAGUCGAACGUGAUCUUGGUGGACUCUGUGAUCGACAGCGGCAAGAGCGUCAUUGAGCUCAUCAAGCGCGUCGUCCGUCUUGAACCCAACAUCAGUAUUACAGUCGUGGCUGGUGUAGUUCAGACUGAGGCAAUCACUGAAGGUCAUCUCUUUGCAAAGGUGAUGAGACGACACGGUGCUGGAUUGAUUGCACUCCGAAUUUCGGAGAACAAAUUCACGGGAACGAAGACGACCGACACUGGGAAUCGGCUCUUCAACACGACUCGCUUGGCUUAA